CUGGCGCCCAUGCCAGGCCCCGGCGGCGCGCGGGCCUGUGCUGGUUGAGGCGGCGCUGGCGCAGCCCGCCGCGCCCCGCCCGCACGGCCCUCCUCCGGGUGUAGCAUGUCCUCGGCUCGCCCGCCGCCGCGCCGCCCAGGGCGCUAGAGCUCGCGGCCGCCACCAUGGGCAAUGGGAUGAACAAGAUCCUGACCGGCCUGUACAUCGGCAACUUCAAAGAUGCCAGAGACGCAGAACAACUGAGCAAGAACAAAGUGACACACAUCCUGUCUGUCCAUGACAGCGCCAGGCCCCUGCUGGAGGGAGUGAAGUACCUGUGCAUUCCGGCAGCAGAUUCACCGUCCCAAAACCUGACAAGGCAUUUCAAAGAAAGCAUCCAGUUCAUUCACGAGUGCCGGCUCAAAGGAGAGGGCUGUCUGGUGCACUGCCUGGCUGGGGUGUCCCGGAGUGUGACGCUGGUGAUUGCCUAUAUCAUGACCGUCACCGAUUUUGGCUGGGAGGAUGCCCUGCACAUGGUGCGGGCCGGGAGAUCCUGCGCCAACCCCAACCUGGGCUUCCAGAAGCAGCUCCAGGAGUUUGAGAAGCACGAAGUACAGCAGUAUCGCAAAUGGCUGAAGGAAGAAUAUGGAGAAAGCCCCUUGCAGGAUGUGGAAGAAGCCAAAAGCAUUCUUGGUAAAUAUAAAGAGCAGGGGCACUUGGAGCUGCAGCCUGGCACCAGGCGGUGGAGCAGCAUUCCGGGCCUGCCUCCUCUGGCCUACAGCAACCGCGCGCCGGAAACCUAACAACGCUGAGGGAUGUAGCGCCUUCCGGGCAGGCAUGCUGGCCGCGCUGCUGCUGCUGCUGCUGCUAGGACCAGCGAGGGCAAGGGUUCGGGGCUCCUUUCCUGGCCUCCUGACCCAGCUGAGCACCAGCCCCCUUGGUCUCUUCCUUCCCCUCCCCUGCCCCAAUCUUGGCCUCUCCUGAGCUCACUACCCUGGGAUGCUGCUCAACUAACAUGCACUUGGCUUUGAGCAUGUGAGAGUGUGUGUUUCUGUGUGCAGAAGUGUGAGCGU